AUGAUGCCAAAGAGCGGUUCAAUGAUGUUAUACUCGCGGAAAAGGGUUCGCUAUCGACGGGACGGCUACUGUUGGAAGAAACGUAAGGACGGAAAGACCACUCGCGAGGACCACAUGAAACUCAAAGUGCAGGGAACCGAAUGCAUAUAUGGAUGUUAUGUCCAUUCGGCCAUUUUGCCCACAUUUCACCGCCGGUGCUACUGGUUAUUGCAGAUGUUACGCUCAGUCAUGCGAUCCCUUACCCAAUACAAGUCGUCUCUAUCGCUGGCGUUAUAUAAUCUCUGGAUUUUUUAG